UUAAGUUCAAAGUCGACGCGUCGUUUCCCAAUCAGCCAACGCUAUUACUCUGAGUAAGCCUGUUCCUCCCGCUCUUUUGCAAGGCGGGAACGUUAGCUAACGUGGAUAUUUUUUCUGACUUCUCUCUUCAAAGAAGAAAUCUGUUGUGAGAUUUCACAGGAUGGAGACGACAUUCGUAACAGUAUUGCUCGUGCUUGCCCUGGCUGUUGUGGCAACAGUAAACGGCCAAAAGCUCUUCCCGUUUGGGCAAGAAAUUGAUUCUCGGUUCCCAACGGAGAACGACGUCAGUGUCAAGGUAGACUUGGGCAGUCCCUUCACCUACUACGGGAAGAAAUACUCGUCAGUGUUUGUCAACGACAAUGGUGUUCUAUCAUUCGUAAAUGACCUUGCCCAGUUCGGUCAAUGGGAGCAAUUGCCGCUUAGCACACCGGGCGAGCAGCACAUUCUAAUUGCUCCGUUUCUAGCCGACGUGGAUUUGACAGUAAGGGGCGCUAUCUUCUACCGGGAGGCGACAGAUGAGGCCACCAAGCAAAAGGCGAAGGACAAGGUCACCGAGUACUUCGUCCGGCACAGCGAUUUUAAGCCCAAGAACGUGUUCAUUGUCACCUGGGACAAUGUUGGAUUUCAGGGGUCGACGGCUGACAUACCACAGACCAACACGUUUCAGUGUGUGGUGACGUCUGAUGCUGUCAACACGUUUGUGUUCUUUGUCUACCAAAACAUCGCUUGGUACGCAUCAGUUUCGGCCGGCGGCAACGAGGCGGGCAUUGGAAGCAACAUGCCACAGGUCGGCUUCGAAUCCGGCGACGGUAAAAACAACGAGAUAAUCAACGUGGAACGCGAGUACGGCAAUCCCACCGAACUCCCUAAGGUGUCAAACGUCGAUCCCGCAGACCCACCAGGCUUUUUCAUUUACCAAGUGUCCGGGUCAUCUGUCAGCGCUCCGCAGUGCACAAAGUUUGCUGCUCCGCAGGUCUACCCAAACCACGCAAGCAUGCUGGGCGGUUCCAAGCUCACCUUCGGCGGCCUGUGCUUCGGUGAGAACGACGACAUCCGCUUCCGGUUCAGCGACAAGGACGUUGUCAGCCUGGCCCUGUCGGAGGUCGUGGGCUGUGAUUACGUCAGCGCCUACCAGGCCACCUGCGUCAUGCCCCUGAUGGACAAGAUCGGCGACGUCAAGGCCUCGCUCUCCACUGACGGUGGCAGUACCUUCAAAGACGUGGACUUCACAUUGAUGCCUAUUGACUCAGUUGCUCCUGGAGUGCUACAGAAAGACGCAUGGACUAUGAAAUGGCUCAAAGCCAUCGAACCCUUAGAAAUCUCGUGGGACAAAUCCAUGUUCAAUGAUACCAAAGUGAAUAUCACUAUCAUGAGCUACAGGGAGGAGAACCAGACAACGAACGAAGGAGCAUAUGAAUGGGUGAAUACAGUGAUUGCAGCUAAUGUCGCCAACAGCGGAGAAUAUACCAUCACUGUCGGCCCCAAUCCCGCCAUUACUAAAAAUAAUGUCAUGGGCGUCAUACGGGUGACUGCUGCCUCAAAACCGAAUGGGAUGACGCUCACCAGUGGGAUGCAUUUCCUUGGCUACCUGCUGGGCGAAGACGGUUACCAGACGGACUCCCAGACGUGGUCCGACAACUACUGCAAAGCGUGGUAUGAGAAGGACAAGCUGAAGGAAGACUUCAUUGACGACCUGAACGCCUGCCCCUGCUCACUGGAGCAGGCACUGGCAGACCAGGCCCGCUUCGUGGCCAACCCGUACUGUGACUCCACCAAGCAGCCCGCAGGCAGCCCCCUAAAUUACUGCUUUGCCCGGCCUGAGAUCAAGCACUGUGUACUGGGCAUUGUUAGAAAAUCAAACGGAGACUCCACCAGCCCAAGCAAGGCCGACAGCGAGUGCUGCUAUGACGGCGACGGUAACCUUGUAUACGCCCAGGACAGCGACUAUGGUAGCUUCUCCAACAGAAUCAGCCGGUUCUCAGGGGCCGUACCCGGGCUGUCUGGAGCGACUACCGAUCUCGUGCCCUACAUCUUCUGCAUUGUUGUGGGUGAUGACCACUUUCACUACUUCCGGGAGCAGAGACCCACCAAGGACUGUAGGGAGUAUGAGCCGGUUCGACCCGCAAUGAUCUAUGGUGAUCCGCACUUUGAGACUUUUGACGGCACUGGCUACACCUUCAACGGACUCGGCGAGUACGUCCUGGUCAGGACCGUCACGGGCGCUGGAGCCACGGCCAUCCGCGUGCAGGGACGCUUUGAAAGGGUCGACGAUGAAAAUGGUGUUAAGCGUAACGCCACCGUGCUGACCACUCUAGUGAUCAUGGAGAAUAACAACCCCCAGAAUAAGAUCCAGAUCGAGCGGGACGACAUCACCCUGAUGACGCUGAAGGUGGGCCCGUCAGCCACGCCGCAGGACAUCGGCAGAAGCGCCUACCAACAGUACCCAGACUUCUUCGUGAGUUUCCCAGAGAACACCGGCAACGGUGUCGUGCCCAAGAUGAUCUUCCUGUUCAGGAUGUCUAAAAUCGGGCUGAUGGUGGAGGCUACGGAAGGCAUGCUGUCUGCCAUGAUUCUCCUUCCAUCAGAGUACAAGGGGAAGACCAAGAUGGAAGGUCUCUUUGGUAAUUGGGACGAAGACGAGUCGGACGACCUGAAGACACCCAGUGGCACCGUGAUAGACGACACAUCAACCGAGGCCAUCUACAGAGACUUUGGACAACAAUGGGAAGCCGACGAUCCUAUAUUUGUCUAUUACGGUAGCGCCACCCACCAAACUUACCAAGACAACAGCUUCCGGCCUAUCCUCGAGCCGCCGACAGGGGGCGUCUCCGAACGAGAGCUGGAACGUGUCUGCGGCGAUGACAAAUUUUGCCGGUUUGACUACGCCGUAACAGAGAGAGAGGCCGUUGCUGCUCAGACAGCCAAGGACUCGAAGGCCAUGGAAAAGACAAUGUUGGCCUCAGACAAAUUACUGAUGUGUCCAUUCCCACCGACCCCAUCACACGGCGAAAAGGAAUUCGUGGGCGAGGCCAGGCACCACGCCCCGGGGUCAGUCAUCCGCUACACCUGCGGCGACGGCUACAUCUUCUUCGGCAACUCGCAGCGGGUGUGCGACGAGCGCGGUGUAUGGUCAGACACCACAGAGCCCUCUUGUGAGGAGGCCAAAUGUGGUAACCUGAAUGCUCCAGAACAUGGCAGUAUGGAUGUGACACAGGAUGGGGACGUGAUAACAGCCACUUUUAAGUGUGACGAAGGCGCCCGGCUUGAAGGCAGCGAGACCAGAACUUGCGGAGAGGACAACAAGUGGACAGGACAGGAGACUAAGUGUAUAAGAGGUGACCCACGGGGUGGAAACAACAAUACUGCCGUCAUUGUCAUCGUUGUCAUUGUUGUUAUUAUCGUCCUCGUCGCUCUAGCCGGUGGAAUUUACUAUUUCUACAAAAAGAGGUCUAGCAGCGGGGCCGGGAAGGUGACGCGACCACCAGACAGCGCCUACCAGCCCGUCUCGGGGGAAGUAGCCGAUGUGGAGUUGGGAACCAAGAAGGACAAAUCCUCGGAAGAGGACGAGGGAGGGUUCAAAGACAAAGAUACAGACAAGGACAAGGACAAGGACAAAGAGAAGGAGAAGCUGAAGGAUGAAGCAGAUGAGAAGGUAGACAAAGACAUAGAGAAGGAUUCUGAUUAGGAGUUUAUCGAUAGUUGGUAGCAGCAGCUGAUUACCACCUUGUUAUUCUAGAGGACGGCAAUGAAAAAUGCAACGUGGUUUGAAUUAUUUUCUCUGUUGUGUGAUACAAAGUUUGAUAAUAAAAAGAUGAGAGAACAACAGAAAGAUGGUAAUAAAAGCAUGGUUGCCACGUAAUAGAUGACAAAGAUGAGGCAAAUAGAAAAAAAAAUGAACAGAAAUUGCCAACCUUUCCUUUAAGGAGUUUUGGUACGAAAGGUUCAGCCCUUAAUUACGUACACUAUCAAAGGUUACUAAACUUAAGGCUAUGCUGUGUUGAAAGAUUACAAUCGUAGCCAACGAAAUUGUUGGAAAGUUCGCUAUAUGAUUUGUUUUAUGGGGGAAUAUUGCUUCGUAGCAGUAGCGUAUCCAGCUUUGAAAUUCGGGGGGGGGGGGGCAACCGCACAUCCGCGCCGAAAUGUAGAUAGGAUUUUUUUUCUCCGGACACUUGGCCUCCGUAAAAUCAAAAAGCAGGGGGAGGGAUGGUACUAACCUUCCAAAUUGGGGCGAUCUUCAAAACUGACUAUUAUUAUGCAUACUGUAAAUCAUCCAUUUUCACGGCGCAUUGUAAUGGUUUUUUUGAGCGGGUUCUCUUUUUUGGGAUUGAUGAAAGAACUCUCUAACCAUUUAUUGAAAUGAUUGCCGAUCAAAAAAUGUUAUGAAAAAAAUCUGCCGGGGAGGGGGAAAAGUGCCCCCUCUGCCUCUGCCUGGAUACGCCACUGCUUCGUAUGAAUUUCGUUUACCUGUUUGGUGCAUAACUUUCCAAUGUCCUUAUUGUGCAUUCGUUUUCAAGUUUUAGGUUUUUUUCUCAAUUUGUUUAUUUGUUGAGGUAAUUAUUUUAAGCAAGGGUUUUUAUUGUGCUCGUUAGAGUUAUCUAUAAACCUUAUUUGUAAAUAAUCGUAUCUGUUGUGCUUAAAGCUUAUCGAGAAAUAUUCUCCGGUUUAAUGCCAAAAAAAAAUGUAGGGCUAGUAGUAGCAGUUAUACAUGUUCUUAAAUAUAUUGUGGUAAUGUAAACUCCGAACAGAAAUGGUUUUCAAACUAUCUAGCCAUCGGCCUAUUUUGCAUGCUGACUGCUUCGUGUGCUGGCCAGUGUUGUGGUUUACGAUCAGGACAAUGUGACCAAUGAGAUAUAUUGCCCUUGCGAUGUUGGCUGCAGCCUGCAGGCAAAUUCUGCCAAAAGUGACCAGGCAGUUGAGGGAAAAGUAUACAGGCCAAUGUGGCCUUGGGGGGGGGGAAAUUAAUUGCUUCGUCGCCACUGCUACCACCAAGUGAUAAUAUUGGCCACAUUGGUCAGGCAUACACGUUCUCGGCGGCCAUGUUGGAGGUGCAUCUGAAAAUGGCUUCUAGCACAGGUGUUAUUGUCUCCGGUCCAAUCCGGCCCUGUGCUAAUGACCUACUGACCAAUGCAGCCGACUGAAGUAUAGAAUACAUAUAUUAAUCUUCAAUCUUCAUACCGUUUGGCGUUGACGCUUAUGCAAUUCUCGCCAGAAUUCCAAGAUUGCCAAAUGACAGACUUUGUUUAACCACAAAAAGGGCCCUUUCUCAGAUCCCAUCUGGCAAUUUUUGAUGUGUCGAAAACCUAAUGGCACGAUUUGAAACCUCUUAUUUCGGCCUCAAUUGUAGGCUUCUUUUAAAUUAGUGCUUGGCUUAGUUGUAUAUUGCAUUAUUCACGUAGACUAUAGCUAUUCAAAAGGAAGAUUUUUACUCACUUAAAUGCCAAACUAAUUUCAAACUACUCUAUUAUUCUUUAAAAAAAAAAAUUGAGUUGGUUACUCCAAAUGUCUGAUUUUAAGCAACCUUACUGUACUGUUAAUCAUUACGAUCGCAUUGUAUACCAUGUUGUAUUUGUUUGCACAUUGGAUGUUGUGGUAACGUGAUUCCAGCUUUCAGCAAACUGUCCUCUUUUACACUGCAUGUGCAUCUCUUGAAAUGUGAUUGGUGUAAAAUGGUGACGUCAAUUUUUAGCGUGAGCAAAAUAGCAUUCAAAAUUUGCUUAACUGCUUGGAUUUCCUGUCGGUUGGCCGUUAGUCUAUAGUCACAUGUAGCAUGGUGUCCAUGUAUUUAUACACGAAACAGAUUGUGAAUUUACGGUGAUGGUCCUGAUAGCCAUUACUGGGACGCUUCCAUGCCUGAACGCCCAUCACAUGUGGGUUUUGUAUAGGUCUGUACACGUCACUAAAGAAGAGUGCAUUGAGUGGAAUACCGCAGCGCGCUUUGGAGCGUCCCAGUGUGGUGGGUAGCCAUACCAGUAAAUCACACAAAUGGGCAACUCAAGUUGGUAAAUACCCCAGUUAGUGUUUCAAUUUGCGUGUAAAAUAGCUUAUAUUUGCCUUUAAACAUGUUAACAUUUUUGGAAGUCACGAAUUUGUAUUUAGGACCAAAAAUAUUGAUUCUACUAAUCAUAUCAUAAUCAUUAAAAACAAAGAUUUGAAUUUCCAUUUGGUUAAACAUUUUACAAAUCUAUUUAUAUUAAUAUUCAUUGCACAAUUUCUUGAUUUUGUCAUGUAAUGCAGUUCGUUUGGGUGACACAAAUCGCGAAUUCCUAAUGUUUCAGUCUUUUCUCAAUACAUUUCUUUAUUGAUGUGAAAAACCGUCGACGGUCUAACUCAUUUCGUUUACAUCGUGUUAAAGUAAGUCAUGAUAGCUUAAUGUACCAAUAAGGAUUUUGUUAACACACCAUUUUUUGCAUAUUUUUUUGUUUUAAUUAUUCGCUAUACUCCGUUUAACCACCUGAGCUCUGAACAAAACUGAAAUCUUUGAUGAAAACUCUUGGAAACAUAUGUUAAAUCAGUUUGAUCGAGAUUAUGAAUAAAAAAACCCAGAAUGAGGCAAGAUGAUUGAUUUCUAAAGAGUACAAAAUGAAAUAUUUAUUUGUGUUAACUUGGACCCAUACACCAUUGUUCACUUUACUCUAUUUACUUAUUUUAAUUUUGUUUUCUCUUUUCAAUACCGUCAUUCCAAUUUUCCAAUUUUCGUUUGGUGUUUUUUUAUAAACAUUUGUCAAACAUAAACUAAACAGUGUGAAUCCUCAGCCACUUUGUAGCUGAAAGUUUAUACUAUCCAUCCUAUUUAUAUAUUAUUU